CCUUCACCAUGGUAGUCUUCCUUAUUGCAGGAAUGAGAAAGCAGACAUGUGGCAGAGGAAUCAGACUUCUUUGGAAGACUUCAUCCUUGAGGGACUUUUUGAUGACUCCCUGGCACACCUUUUUCUCUUCUCCUUCACCAUGGUAGUCUUCCUUAUUGCAGUGAGUGGCAACAGCCUCACCAUUCUCCUCAUCUGUGCCGACCCCCGGCUUCACACACCCAUGUACUUCCUGCUCAGCCAGCUCUCCCUCAUGGACCUGAUGCACGUCUCCACAACCAUCCCCAAGAUGGCUGCCAACUACCUAUCUGGCAAGAAGUCCAUCUCCUUUGUGGGCUGUGCAGUCCAGCACUUCCUGUACUUGUCUGUGGGUGGUGCUGAGUGCAUUCUCCUGGCUCUCAUGUCCUAUGACCGCUAUGUUGCCAUCUGUCAUCCACUGCGUUAUUCUGUGCUCGUGAGCAGAAACGUGGCGAUGAUGAUGGCUGUUGUGUCAUGGCUGGGGGCAGCCACUAACUCCCUAGUUCAGACAGUUAUCUUGAUGUGUUUGCCUUAUUGUGGAUCUCGGAAGAUUCAACACUUCUACUGUGAGUGGCCAGCAGUUGUGAAGUUGGUAUGUGGUGACAUCACCGUUUAUGAGGGCACAGUGUACAUCUGCAGCAUCAUACUUCUCCUUUUCCCCAUCAUCCUGGUUUGUACGUCCUAUGGCUUCAUCCUCCACACUGUCAUCCAGAUGCGUUCAGCCGGCAGUAAGAGGAAUGCUUUUGCCACUUGUAGCUCUCACCUCACUGUGGUGUUCCUCUGGUUUGGUGCCUGUAUCUUUUCCUACAUGAGGCCUAGGUCCCAGAGAACUCCACUUCAAGACAAAAUCGGUUCUGUGUUCUACAGCAUCGUCACUCCCACUCUGAAUCCUCUGAUUUACACUCUCCGGAAUAAGGAUGUAGCCAAGGCUUUGAAGAAAGUGCUGCGGAGGGAUACUAUCACCCAAUGAAAGCAAGUGUAGUUGUUGCCCUGCUUGUGAAGUGGUACAGGAUGAGCUUCUUCAACGGAUAAUGGAAAUCUCUAAGAUUUUUCAACAGUCCAUAUCCCAGAUACAUUGCAACUUCUCUAGUAGAAGGAUAGUUGAAAUAUAAUUUUGCCUUUCUAGGAUGAUUUCAGAUAUUGAAGCACCACCAAAUACAUAGGUUUUGGAAAAGUUUAGAGAAUUAGAGUAAAUCUUUUAGAAAUGUUUUAAAAAGAAGACAUAUGGAAGCCAGUGAAACUCUAAAAAGUAAGAUAAAGAUAUAAGUAUCCUGCCCCAUUAUUAUUUUGACUAACAGAACCAUAUGUAAAUUAUGCCAGCAGAGUAUUUAUUGAUCUAUAUCUAAAGUGUUCUGCUUAACAUUGGAAAUGUGUGGAGUACAAGGUGUUUUUAAAGGAAAAAUUGAUGUUAUAAAAUUACAUUAAUUGAGUUCUUUGAAUGAAUGUAUGAGAAUUCAGAAUUGAAGGUAUAAUGCAUUUUAUGUACAUAUAAUACCUAUACAUUAUACAAUAUAUAGUGUACUGAGAGUGUACAGUGAUUGAAGUGUUAGAGUAGGUGUUGGAAUUUGCUCAUAAAACUUAUCUUUUUUUUUGGUACAGGGAAUGUAAUUCUGGCUCUUGUGCUUGAGAGGCAGGGGUUGAAAAUUUAUCAUUGUUAAAAUUGUACUUGUGAUUUCUUUGGUUUGCAAUUGAUGUUAUAUAUCACUUAAGAUUUUUUUGUUUAUGUUAUUUCAGUGAAUGCAAAUGCCUUCUUUCUGAUGGUCUCUGACGUUGUGAUGAAGAGUGAGAAUCAAGUGUAGCAAAAUCUGUCUCUUAGCAACACUGUGAUAUAUACUAAAUUAAUUUCUUUUUUAAAAUUUUUUUUAUUUUUUUUUCUUUUUAUU